AUGCCCACCUCGGCAUCCAUGGCUCCCACAGCCUCCAAAUACACCGAGAUCGCCCGCAUCACAAACGCAAGUGGUUUCCACAACCUACCGGAGGAGCACCAACUAUCUCUUGCCGCAGGGAACUGGGUCACUUUUUCGGCACAGUUUCUAAAUGAAUUAGGCUGCAUUUUCUUGCGAGACUAUUUGGAUGAGGUUGACGCUCCGCCGUGUCCAUCCGUCGAUGAGGCGCUGGCCGAUGUCUCUUUAGCGACCAUCCGUUGGGUGUUUUGGCACAAUGAUGGACUUGUCAAGUCCCUGCUGUGGAUGAAUAGAGCCCUUCGUCUCCACCAUCAGGCUGUGGGCGAUAAACUGAAGGCCAAAAUCUGGAUCGGGCUUUUUGGGACCACUUUUUCUCCAGGUCCCGAUCAGACUGCAUCCGGCACGAUCGCCUCCAUCCGGGCAGAUGCCUGUCGACUUUUUGAAGCAGGCCUCCCCACCACUGUCAAAGACAUCGUCAACAUUGUGUGUAUCAAUGCGCUCAGCGCAAAUUUUCCCAACAUUCUCGCCAAUGUGACGCACAACUUAGCCAGCCGUAAGGUCCCAACGUCAGAGAUUGAGCAUUCCAUACUCGACCGGCAGAAACCUGGCACCCUCGUCAAUGCUGUCCGCGCUCAGUCCACCCCAUCGCAUGCCAAAGCCACGGUCUCUGGGAACGGGAAGAAGUACGCAAGGCGGCAUAAUCACACGUUUUUGAACUACUGGUGCAAGGUGUGUGAGGCUACACCGUGCGCAAAGAAAGACCAACCCAGUGCUGUCCCAGUUGCCCGCCACAGUGAACCUAUAAAGUCUGCAAAUUCGUCGCAGGGUGCCUCACCUGCCGUCCAGGCCCAUGCCGCUGUCAUGCAGGGUCAGGAUGGCAAGUUUUACACUUUCACCAAGGUUCCCUCGAUACCAAACUUGGGUACUUCCAUGCCUACGCCAUCUUUUGCGGCCACCGCCGCUAUCUCUGACUGGCCUACGUCGGUCGCUUUUGCAACUACGCCCAACGUCCCGUUUCUACUCGACAUUGACGCCGGGUCGUGGAGCGACGUCGACUUUGGCUCCUGCAAAUUCACAGCCAACGUUGUCCACACGACGUCUGUCCACUGGCUGCAGGCUACUGCCGUCGACACGAACCCCAUUCCGCCUGCCCGCAAGAUGUCUGCCAAUGAUCACCGGCUCGCAAACAUCGGUGCCAACCUCGCUGCAUCGCACAAAUUCAUUCUUGACACUGGCGCUAACAUAUCGUUGACGAAAUACCGUCACCUCUUCGAGUCGCUUCACCCUCUCCAUGUUGCGAUCGGCAGUUUUAAAGGAUCUAAGGUCUUCUCUUCUGGGGUGGGUACUAUGCACAUUGCGCUUCCUGGAGGCUGA